AUGCGAUUCCGACUUCGAUACGGAUUGCGCACAGUCACCUUUCUUCGCUCUACGUUUAUCACACGACAUCCUCCUUUCGAUUUCAGCAGCCCUCUGCGACCGCACAACGGUGAUAGCAGCGACAGCAGAGGCAAGAGCAAGGCCAACGGCACCGGUGAAAGAAGCAGCAGCAACAGCACCCGCAGCCCUAGCGGCAGUACUAGAAUGUCGGCCGCAUCAUCUUUCGCAGCGCUCAAAGCCCAGAGGGACGCACGGCGAAACCCCUUCUCUCUUGCUGCUCCUUCAACCGCUUCGAGCACCGAAGAUGUACAGCACGGCGAGCACACGUUCGUAGGCGGGGACAUGAGCCCACCGGCACCGUUCUCGGCAGCGGAACUUCCAUCCGGAGCCGUGCCCAUCCCUUCGAGUCGGCCGCCACCGGCAGCGUCGACCGCGACUGGAACUAGCAUCGGCAUGGAUGAAGUCGGCGCUUUUGAAUCGCCCACAAUGCCGGGCAUGGGCGAGGCCAAAGGUAAACCUCCUCCUGGCGCAGCUGGUAGUAGAGUGCGGCUACCGGACAUUCAAGAUCUCGAGCUUCGCUUCGAUACCUACUCGAGCGAGCGUGCUCUCUUCUAUGCACCUCUUCCCAAAAAUGGUCCGAGGCCAUCCGACUUCUCCACUGCCGCAUCUUCGUCCGCCUCCCGCUCGCUCUCUGGAUCGCUCUCGUAUUCCUACUCGCAACUGCUGUCCAGCUCCUACUCGGCUCCCGGUGGAUGGGCGGCUGCAGGCAUCUCGAGCUGUCGACCGGGCGAUGUGCUCCUGCGUGUCCGCCCCGAGGUUGCCGUACUCUCUACAGCUCUUCUAGAAAAGCGCUGCUCGGCUUGCUAUUCGCCCCCUGGGCCCGAAACUUCCACCACUCCCGGGACGACAUCCUCGGCUGGCAGGCUUCAAAGAUGUUCGGGUUGCAAGGUGACCCGCUACUGUUCCGCCGCCUGCCAGAAACGCGAUUGGCCCGCCCAUCGCGACGAAUGCAAAGCGCUCAAAGCCAUGCAGCAGCUCCAUACGUUCCGAUCUGCACUGCACCAGCAGCAGAAGCUUGAUCAACGCCUUGCCAGCAGGCACGCAAAGACCCAGUCAGCAAGCACACCUUUUGGUGUCGGCUCGUUCCAGGACAACGAUCAGGUCGUUGCUGCCGCAACUGCAACCGGGCAGUACCAAGAAGCAGAAAGUGACGGUGAAGAUGAAGACGGCAUGAACGAAGAUGACAAAAAGACGCCCACCGGCAGCAACGAUCGCAUGCGUCUUCCUAGCGCCAUGAUGCGUGCCCUCGCUCGGUGGAUUUGGGCUCGCAGCCGCAUAGGCACCGGUGGCAAGGACAAAGCCAGGGGGGACGGCAGAGACUUGCUCGAGCUUUGCUCGCAUCGAGAACGAUUCGCACCAGAACAGCUUCAGCAGCAGGCGCAGCUUGCCAUUCACCUCGCACAGUAUCUCACCGCAGCCGCGCGAGCAGCCGCCACAUUCGGACCAGUGUCGAGGGGCGAGGCGAACCUAGACGAUAUGAUGCAGCCCGACACUGCCUUCUCGCAGGGCGACGCGUUGCGAGCGCUGGGCAUCGACUCGGCCACGGAGCUGCUCGACCUGGUCUGCCAAUUCUCGUGCAAUUCGUUCGCCCUCACCGAUAGCGAUCUGAAUGCGCUGGGAGUAUGUCUGCAUGCCAGCAUGGCCAUGAUCAAUCACGCUUGCACACCCAAUGCUGCCGUCGUCUUUCCGUUCGGUGGUGCAGCCAAAAGUGGCCAGCAGAGAUGGAACGAUGGCGACGACAAGAUCAUGCAGCUCGUGGCCCUGCGCGCGAUCGAGCCAGGCGAGGAGUUGCUCAUCUCGUACGUCGACAUCAGCGACACGUACCAAGAUCGUCGCAGUUACCUCAAGAAGCGAUACUGCUUCGACUGCCGUUGCGAGCUGUGCCGCACGAGCCAGGCCAAUCUGGGACAAAGCGGUGCGCAACCAUUUGCAUCGUCAACGCCGUCCUCGUCGUCUCAGCAGGGCUUUGGAAUGCAUCCCCCGCAGGCUGCCAAAUGGAUCGAUCCCCGGCGUGCUAUUUGGUGUCCGCACCGAUGCGGCGGCUGGAUAGACGGGGCCGCCCUUGAGUCGCAAGCCAAUGUGACAGCCGGUGCUGCCAGGUGCAACAAGUGCCAGUCGAUGUCCAAUGUGACAGCGUCGGACGUGGCAACGGACACGCAGCACGCCAAGGACACGCUCAGGCAAGCCUCGCGGUUGUUGGACCAAGGAGGUGCCGAGGCUGCAUGGACGCAAUGCGCCCGAGUGCUGCCUUUGCUGGUCGACCGAUAUCCGCCUUCAUGGCAACCUCUGUUCCAUUUGCUGAGACUGGCAACGAUGUGUCUGAUCGAAGCUGGCUCAACUUUGCUGUCACUGUCAUCAUCACAGACGUCAAACACAGAGGCGGCCAUCUACUGCUUUGACGAAGCGGUGAGGAUACAGAUGCUGGUGGUGGCAGGAACGCAAGCGUCCAAUACGCCCAUCUAUUCCAAGGGCUCUCCAGCCAGAGCCAUUGCGAUUGCCACGCUGGCCAAGCUGGUGCUGGCGCAGUUCGACCACCCACACCGCCUCGAUCAGCAGGGAUUGCAGUUCAGCACACACUCCGGUGCUCCAGUGUGUCGAGCGGCUGUCGAGCAGGCAGCGGCGCAGGGCAGCAACACCCUGUCCAUCCUCAGAGAUGCAGCGAACGUGCCUGAAGAGAUGCGAGUGGAGCUGGCCAGGCAAUUGCUCACACAGUCGAUCGAAGAGCUCGACGUUGGGUUCGGACGCUCCAACCAGGGGGGCCGCGCAGGACUCGAGAUGCGCACGGCACUCCAAGAGAUGGAAGAGGAGAUGGCGUUGCUGGCCCAGACCCGCUCGAUGUCAGUGUCGUAG